ACAAAAGAAGAAGAAACGUGUUUCUCUUCAGUCCUCCAACAUGGCGUCGGCCAGGAGGUUGAAACGCGUGGUAGCUUCACAACCAGGCUUUCUCAAUUUAAAGUCCACUUCCAGUUCAGCAGACUCGGCCAGUGGUCGGAGAAAACGUGUGAAUAAGAACAAGAAGAAGAGCUGGAACAAACACAGUGACAUUAAUGAUGUAGAGGACUUUUUACAAGACGUCAGACACCAGGAGAGGACCACAGGGGGUCUGCUGUCUGAGAAGUCAGAUGACAGCUUGUUCUUUUUGGAUGUUGGACAACCAAAGAAACCCGAACAGAAAGAAGUAGAAGUACCUCUUGUGGGGAAGAGGAAAGGGAAGGCGUCUCGUCCUCUGAGGAUAGACCUGAUCCUGCAGCACGACUCCCUUGUUCAACCACCUAAAGAUGUGCUGGCCUAUCAGCAACCUAAUGCCAAGAAGCUCCGUCGCAGUGCCCAGAGGGCCGAGCAGCUGGCAGCCAAAGGCAUCGUGCCACGGAGGCGGAAACAGCUGCUGAACAGACGGCCGGUCGACAGGACGGCCAAGAAGAAGGCGGAGGCAGAGGCCAACAACAACCCAGACAGGGAAUACUACGACAUAUGGGGGCAAGAGUCAAAAAGUGCAGCUGAUCCCUGGUACCUUCAACAGACACGCAAGAGCCUUGUCAAGCGACCAGAGAGGCUGAAUGAGAAGCCGUCUGUGCUUCCUGCUGUAGAAGUGAUCGCUCCUGGAGGAUCCUACAAUCCAGACUUCUUCUCCCAUCAAGCCUUGCUGCAGGAGGCCCACGAGGUGGAGGUCAAGAAGCAAAAGGAUGAAACCAAAAUAGAGAGACAGCUGGCUGUCAACAGAGAAGACACAGCAACAGAGGAGACGAUCUUACAAGAGCAGGUGGAAGGCCUGGUAGAGGAAGAAGAAAAUGAAGAAGAGACUGCAGCUUCUAAGGGGGAAGAGGAGGAUGUAGCAGUGGGAGCCAUUACACUGGCAGCUAAGAAGACUGAGAGGCAGAGGAAGAGAGAGAAAGCAAUCAAAAUUAAGGAGCAGCAACGGCUGGCCAACAAACAGCAGACUGACCAGCAGCAGCAGCUCUUCCAGCUUCGCUCCAUAAAGGCUUCCAUCAAACAGCAGGACCAGAAAACCAAGACCAGACAGCAACAACGCAAGGCCAAUCAGGAGGCCCAGAAAGCUAAACCCAGACGCCUCGGCAAACUCAAGUUUCAGGCUCAGGACAUGGAGGUUCAGCUGAGCGACGAGCUGGCCGGUUCCUUGCGACGACUCAAGCCAGAGGGCAGCGUACUCAAGGACCGCUUCAAGAGUCUGCAGAAGAGGAACCUGAUCGAGCCAAGAGAAAGAGCCAAGUUCAAGAGGAGACACAAGCUGAAGUAUGUGGAGAAGAGGGCUUUUAGAGAGAUCACUUAGUGAUGACCCACAGACCACAGAAGCUGAACACAAGAAGCUGGGCAGCAUUUACAGCCACAAAUGCAACAUAAUGGAACUGUGUAUAUACAAUGUAAUGACUUUUGAAGGCCCCUUUGACCCUUUCCGAUGAUAACAACUGCCAAUAAAUGCAUUUCGCAUCAAUUACAUAAACUGAAA